AUGGAAUACCAACAAAAAUCGAUAGCUAAUGAGUCUGUCCAAAAAUCUAAUAACCCAUUCUUAGACUCAUUCCCGUCCCUGGUGUCUUUAUCUCAAAUGCAACAAUCUAUUCUUUCUAAUAAGUAUAAAGUGCCCCUGGUUGCAAAUUUAAAACAUGACAAAUUCUAUAGCACCAACUCUCUGAUAUCUGGUACUUUAGCUUCGGCACAAAGCCAAUCAAAUGUAACUGGUCGUACAGAUGCCACUCUGUGUGAAGAUCCAGCUACCGCCAGUGGGCGCUGGACUGAGAAAAUCAAAAACCUUGAAACAACAUGUUUUCAAUUGAAAAUAAACCUAGUUCGUUCAAGACUAGAAUGUGCUACCAAGAAGCGACAAAAUGAGUUAUUACAACUGAAAUCUUCAGAAUAUAAAAAUCAGGUAAAUGAAUUACUAAACAGAGUUCGAGAUUUGGAAUGUGAAGUUAAUUCACUUCAAUCUGAAAAAGUAUUAUAUGAAAGAGAAUUUAAAUACUUUCUGGAAGAAUGUCAAUAUAAUAGAAGUUUAAUGGAAACUUCACAUAAUGAAGUUUCAGUUCAUAAAGUAAGAAUUGAAGAGUUAAAGAAUUAUAUCAAAGGGAAAAGCGAUUUCAAAACCCCUGCAGAAUCACAUAACCUGAUGGCUAAUGAUCUGAUUCAAGAAUUACCAUCGAGUAUAAAUAUUGCAAUCCUCGAUGCUAUAGAUUAUAAUAUGGGGCUACAAAAGGAAUCAGUAGGAGAAAAAUUGACUACCAGUAACCAAAAUAUACGUAAAAGGAAGAUUUCUAAGCUGAGCAGAAUGAGUAAUGAAGAAAAUUAUUCAUUACCAAUUCCAUAUGUGAAAAACAAAUAUCGAAAAUUGAUUUAG